AUGGAGACUUCAUGCAAUAAUAACAACGCGCCUUCAUGUCCAACAGCCUCGCUGCCAUCAACUAAACCUCCCGCUGACAAGAGCGAAUCUUCUUCAAUCAAUUACUCCCCAUUGCGAGCCAUCAGGUAUCAUGAGAACCUGGAGGACUACCGCCCGGGAGGGUUCCAUCCUGUCCUCAUCGAGGAUUCCCUUGGCGAAUCAGAUCGUUUCAAGGUCCUAAGAAAGCUCGGGUACGGCUCGUUCGGGACAGUAUGGAUGUGUUGGGACACCAAAAUGGAAAGGCUCCGAGCUGUCAAAGUGAUGCGUGCAGAGACAAUUAAGGAGGACUACGAGAAAGAGAUCAAGCUCCUCCACUUCCUCUCGGAUGGCGGUGAUCAAGUCAGCGUGGAGGACGCGUACGAGAACCACCUUGCAGUCCCCCUAGAGCACUUCUGGCAAGAAGGACCCAAUGGGCGACAUCUAUGUAUAGUAAUGCCUGUACUGGGGCCGAACGUACAAAUUGCCAAGUUUCUAGGGAACGUUGACCUCCUAAAAGAUAUAUGUUCCCAAGUCGCCAGUGGCUUGGCCUUCCUUCACAGCAAGGGUCUGGCCCACGGCGACCUCCACCCUGGCAAUAUUUUGCUCCAGACAAAUAUCAAUGACCUGAAACUGGAGGACGCCAAGCCUUUAUUUAAGCAAUUCAGCUAUGAAUGCCUAUACGCCGAAGGACAAGAGGGCCCUGGACCAUACGCGCCGAAACACAUCUACGAGCCUAUGAAAUGGACCAAGGUCGACUGGAAAUACUUGAAAAAAGACAUCGCAAUUAUCGACUUCGGCGCAUUGUUCAAGACCUCGAAUCCUCCGAAUUACCAAAUCAUAGACGAGUCUCUUAUGGCACCUGAACAGUUCUUCGGCUCCAAUCCAAGCCAAUCUUCGGAUCUAUGGGCUCUCGGCUGCUCCCUGACGCACAUCCUCGGACCCAGGAACCCAUUCAAGGAAAGCAAGACGGAUGUACGAUGGAGCCCGCUGCGCAGAUGGGAAGACGCUCUGGGACCGUUGCCACAGCCAUACCGUGCUCAGUGGAUAGGGUACAGGCGUGGCGAGAUGAAGAGAAAAUACGAGGAGCUGCAUGAGGGACAGAAGACGUGA